GUCAACCCCGGAAAGAUCAGCGUUUGGAGCUGUCGCUGCAGCCUGGUGUCAGGGAUGAGAGCCGGGCAGCACUACAGCCCCCUGUGGGAGGAACGUUCCGGCGCCCCCUUGUGGCAGGAGCGGGCUCUGAAACGCUCCAGCAUCCUGAGGAUGGCGCUGUCUGGAGAUGGGGACCCGGAGAAGGAGUCUAGGGAGCCCUUCCUACUGAGGGCUAUGAAGAUCGCCCUGGUGGUCACCCUCUACUGGUUCAUCUCCAUCACCAUGGUCUUCCUGAACAAGUACCUGCUGGACAGCCCCUCCCUGAAGCUGGACGCCCCCCUUUUUGUCACCUUCUACCAGUGCCUGGUCACCGUCCUCCUGUGUAAAGUGCUCAACCUGCUCUCCUUGGUCAUCCCUGGAGAGAUGAUGGAGUUCCCUUCCAUCCGCUUUGACCUCAAAGUCCUGCGGAGCAUCCUGCCCCUGUCCGUGGUCUUCAUCGGCAUGAUCACCUUCAACAACCUGUGCCUGAAGUACCUUGGCGUGGCCUUCUACACGGUGGGCAGGUGCCUCAGUACCGUCUUCAAUGUGCUCCUGUCCUACAUCCUGCUGAAGCAGACCACGUCUCUGUACGCCUUGCUGUCCUGCGGGGUCAUCCUAGGUGGCUUCUGGCUGGGCAUAGACCAGGAGGGCGCAGAGGGCACCUUAUCCUGGGCUGGCAUAUUCUUCGGCGUCCUGGCCAGCUUGUGCGUGUCGUUGAACGCCAUUUACACCAAAAAGGUCCUCCCGGCGGUGGACGGCAGCAUCUGGCGCCUGACCUUCUACAACAACGUGAACGCCUGCAUCCUCUUCUUACCCCUCCUGCUGGUAUUCGGGGAGCUGAGCGUCCUCAGUGCCUUCGAGCAUCUUUACUCCUCGCACUUCUGGGGCAUAAUGACUCUGGGAGGUAUUUUUGGCUUUGCUAUAGGCUACGUGACUGGACUUCAGAUUAAAUUCACCAGUCCCCUCACCCACAACAUCUCCGGCACCGCCAAGGCCUGCGCCCAAACUGUACUCGCCGUAUUUUAUUACCAACAGACCAAGAGCUUCUUGUGGUGGACGAGCAAUGCGAUGGUGCUGGGGGGCUCCUUCAGCUAUACGUGGGUGAAGGGCCUGGAGAUGAAGAAGACGCAAGAUCAGAACGUGCAAACCAACGGCAACGAGGAGAAGAGUUCCUCGGGGGUGUAACGCCCAAUCAUGGGGACGAUGCACAAGGACACCUGCUGGACUGGUGUGUAUGGACCAUGGUGGUUCUUCCUUACCUAGACGCCUCAUCCGUCGAUAGACCCACCGCCCUGGCCUGGAUUUCCGUAUGUGAUGCGUACAGAUGGCCACAUGAAGAGCAAUCCCAUGUUACGUAGAUUUCUAUGAUGGCCAUUGUGCAGGAUGUCUGUGUAUCCCACCGUGGGCUACACUGGUAUCCGAUAAAACAUAUGUAAAUCCACCAUUUCUUGGUUAUCUCUGAGGGGGUCACGACCAAUGUGGCCCCCCUGAGUCUCGCAUCCAGCUUUCCCAGGGUCCUGAAUGGUAUAUGCGGCGAGCAUACCCCACUCCCUACAGAUUUGCUGAGUCCUAGAAAAGAUGGGUUAUACCUUAUACAGGCUGAAGGGGAAACGUGGUAUUACAAGGCGUCCCUUGAAAUAAAUGGCGGCCCAUUAACGUAUGGUUUGCCAAAUUAUCCAAAGAGCUGACUGAAUAGAAUUGGAUCAUUCCACCUCCGGGGUUAAAAAAACAAAACAUGGCCGCUCUCUUCCAAAAACAGCGCCACACCCAUCCACAGGUGGUGUGUGGUGUCACAGCUUGGCCACAUUCACUUGAAAGGAGAUGACGUGCAGUACCAGGUACAACCUAUGGACAGCUGUGGCGCUGUUUUUGUAAGAAAGCAGCCAUGUUUUUCGUAUCCUGGACACCCCUUUUAGGCCCUAUGCACACAGCUGUAUUUUUGGUACUUUUUAAUUUUUUUGGGGAUCGGAUGCGGACCCAUUUAUUUUAAUGGGGGCUGCAAAACAUAUGGAUAGAGUGCCAUGUGCUGUCUGCAUCCGUAUGUCCGUCCCGCAGUCCAUUUUGCGGACAAGGAUAGGACAUUUCUACAGGACUUAAAAAUAAAAUGGCGGCAGGCUCUCGACGGGUAUCUUUGUUUUUGCAGAUCCGCAAUAUGCAGACUGCAAAAUGGAUACGGUUAUGUGCAGGGGCCCUUAAAGGGGUAUUCCGAUAUACAAGGGUGUGGCUCUCACCUCUAGAAACCGCUCCUAUCUGAAAAACAGGGCCCCAUGGAGAGGUGUAUGCACGUGCGUGGCCUUCACCAUUCAUUCCUAUGGGAAUCUGGGAGGGCCGCGAAUGCCCAGCUACCUCUCCCUUUAUGGCGGGGCCCUGUUCUUGAGGUAGGUGCAGGUUCCCAUUUUUGGGACAAAAUUUUUAUAUGAAGUAUAAUUGCAGGUGAUUUUAGAAUUUUUAUCGACUGGACAGAAGAGGAGGACGUGCCUUUUCGAGUGCUGUUACAUAGGAAACUGUGGCCUGUGGUACAGGGUGAAGUCAAUCAUCUGUAUUAUGUUUACAAUCUUCUACAGCGUACUGCUGAUCGUAGCUAUGAUUUCCUAAAAUCAAACAGAAAAAACUUUAUUACCUUUUGUAACUAAAUAUCUGCCUUUUGACUUGCUCCUCUUUGUACAAAACUUUAUUUGUUCUUUUUGUGAGUGACUGUAUUAUCAGGGGGACAUCUAUGGGCAUUCUCUAUCAACCAAUCAGAUUCCAGCUUUCAUUUUUGCAGAGCAGCUUUCAGCAUGAAAGAUGUGAUCUGAUUGGUUGCUGUGGGCAAACCCUGACUUCUGUUAAACUAAUGUGUCCUUGAUGCCCUUAGCAACCAAUCAGAAUUGAGGUUUCUUCCUUUCAGGGUAAAAAAUAAAAUGGUGCCUGAUCUAACAUGGCAGAUUUUUUGUGACUGCUUUUUCAGAGGGGUUGCCCGAUGAAGACAACUUAUCACCUAUCCACAAGAUAAGGGGAUAAGUGUCUAACCCCUGGGGCCCCUGACAUUCACAAGAGUCGGGGCCCAUGUGCACUGCUUCUCCAUUCCGCUCUAUGGGGCUGCCGGUAAAACCUAAGCACUUGUGUGUCUGGCACUCCAUUCAAGUAGGGAGCACGGGCCCCCAUUCUUGUAAAUCACAGGGGCCCCAGUAGUCAGACCCCCAACAUUUAGACACAUGUUGUCUUAAUGGGGCAACCCCUUUAAGGAUGUAUUCCCGUUUUAUGAAGUGCUGGCAUGUCACUACAAUAUGAUCAGUGAGGGUCUGACCUCUGGGACCCCCACCAGUCCUGAGAAUGCAGGGGCCACCAAGCUGGUGUAGUUACUGUUUUUUCCUGCACGGCUGGUGGUUAGGGUGCUGUGCAUGGAAAAAACUGAAGGGGACCCAAGCGCUACACCAUCUCUGUGGCCCUGUGAUUGUCAGAAUUUGGGGGGGGGGGUCCCCAAAGGUCAGACCCCCACUAAUGAUGUGACUACAUACCCUAGCAAUUUGGGAAGACCUCUAGGACACGUUGAUAAAUCUGCAUCACAUCCUGAGACUUGGAGCUCGUGUUUCGCCGCGAGAUGAGCGAUGUGGUUGAGGAGGUCGUACGUCAGCUCUCCUGUAUGAGGCUGUUAUUAUUUAUGGCAGUUGUUAAAUCUUUUAUAAUAUGUAAUAAAAUCCUGUCAUUUGG